CUGCAUUCGCGUCAGUGAAGCAGCGGAGAGCGGUGGCGCACGGAGAGACUGACGGGAAAGAGAAACUUGUUUCAAAUCAACCAGGACUCUUUUUUUGUUUCGCUACAAUAUUUGAUGCGUUUUUAGAUUUUGUGGGACUGUCCAUGUUGCGCUCACCCUGUCUGGAUUUAACUUGUGACAGCGCUGAAUGAAAGGCGGUGGAACAAGGAGAGAGAGAGAGAGAUCAGCGGAGAGGAGACUAGUCUGUACGCGGAGAGGAGAGCGAGUCUCCGGGCAUCGGCUGUGCGUCUUUGCGCGGUGCGGACCCUGGAACGAACGGGACUGCGAUUGUUGUUCUCACCCGGCACAUCAGAAGGGGGUCGGGGGGGAAUAAGUUGACUUUCUUUCUUGGGGGUCUGGAGGAAGAUCUGGUGUGAUUUGUUUUAACCGAAUCAAGGGGAAGCCUAUCGGAUCGUACCCUCUGCUCCACGCAUGCUGGCAGAGGCGAGAGAAGGGCUGGAAGCCUGCGGGGUUGCGAUUCCUCAAGACGCAGCCAAUAAGGAUUACCCCCCCUCCCCCCUGCCUGAUCAUUUGACGGAGUAAGAACGCAAACAAAAAAGGAGUGAGUCAUUUCUUCAUAUAUCUUGCACUUUUUUGGCUUCUUCGGAGAGGAUAUGGCACCAGCGACGGUGGAGAGAGCAGCGCAGCCGGCACAGGCGAGAGGAAACAGGAGUUGAAUGACAGGAUGCCAGCGACCUGAGCCCGCUCUCAGAUCAACUUCGUUUUAAAAACGAACACUUCUGCUUUAUUUGUCAAGUGAAACAGAGGAGCGAGGAACACUUGGCCAACAAAAAAAAAACCCUGUCGGAGGAGUUUAAUUUUGGAGGUUUUUUUAUAUGCGUAAUUUUAUUUUUUGGGAGAGAAAACAAGGAUGCAUUGUGGAUUAGUCUUUAUCCUGUUCAUGGGAAUCCUUUUGGUGGUCAAGGCUUUCAAAAACGACAAAUGUGGAGGCAACAUCAGAAUCUCAAACGCCAACUACCUCACCUCGCCGGGAUAUCCCAUGUCUUAUCCCUCUUCUCAGAGAUGCACGUGGGUGAUAUCUGCACCUGGUCCUCACCAGCGGAUCCUCAUCAACUUCAACCCACAUUUUGAUCUGGAGGACCGAGAGUGCAAGUAUGACUAUGUGGAGGUGCGGGACGGUGUGGAUGAGAGCGGUCAGCUCGUGGGGAAGUACUGUGGGAAGAUCGCCCCGUCUCCCGUCGUCUCUUCAGGAAACCAGCUCUUCAUCAAGUUUGUGUCGGACUACGAGACUCACGGGGCAGGUUUCUCCAUCCGAUAUGAGAUCUUCAAGACAGGUCCUGAGUGCUCCAGGAACUUCACCUCCAACAGCGGCGUCAUAAAGUCACCUGGUUUCCCGGAGAAAUACCCCAACAACCUGGACUGCACUUUCAUGAUCUUUGCCCCCAAGAUGUCUGAGAUCAUUCUGGAGUUCGAGAGCUUCGAACUGGAGCCAGACCCGACUCCUCCUGCUGGUGUUUUCUGCCGCUAUGACCGACUGGAGAUAUGGGAUGGCUUCCCUGGAGUGGGCCCAUACGUCGGGAGGUACUGCGGGCAGAACACACCGGGCAGGAUCAUCUCCUACACCGGCAUCCUGGCACUGACAAUCAACACUGACAGCGCCAUCGCUAAGGAAGGCUUUUCUGCCAACUUUACUGUCAUUGAAAGGACUGUUCCAGAAGACUUUGACUGUAGCGACCCUUUGGGAAUGGAAUCAGGAGAGAUAACAUCGGACCAAAUCGUGGCCUCAACUCACUACAACCCCAGCUGGUCUCAAGAGCGCUCAAGACUCAACUACUAUGAAAAUGCAUGGACGCCAGCGGAGGAUUCCAACAAAGAGUGGAUACAGGUUGACCUCGGGUUCCUGCGGUUCAUCUCAGCCAUCGGUACCCAGGGCGCCAUUUCCCAGGAGACCAGAAAGGUUUACUUUGUCAAGUCCUACAAAGUGGACGUCAGCUCUAACGGAGAGGACUGGAUCACUUUGAAAGAAGGCUCCAAACAAAAGGUUUUCCAAGGCAACACCAACCCAACAGACGUUGUCAAGACGAAGCUGCCCAAACCCACACUGACACGUUUCGUCCGACUCCGUCCCGUUACCUGGGAAACAGGCAUCGCACUGCGCUUUGAGGUGUAUGGAUGUAAGAUAUCAGAGUACCCCUGCUCGGGCAUGCUGGGCAUGGUAUCAGGUUUAAUCACCGACAGCCAGAUCACUGCUUCCUCACACACAGACCGGAGUUGGGUACCAGAGAACGCCCGUCUGCUGACCAGCAGGACGGGGUGGACCCUGCUGCCCCAACCCCAGCCCUUCACCAACGAGUGGCUGCAGGUGGACCUAGGUGAUGAGAAAUUGGUGAAGGGACUGAUCAUCCAGGGAGGGAAGCAUCGGGAGAACAAAGUCUUUAUGAAGAAGUUUCGGCUCGGCUACAGCAACAAUGGAUCCGACUGGAGGAUGGUUUAUGACACCAAUGGAAACAAGCCUAAGAUCUUUGAGGGGAAUAGCAACUAUGACACUCCUGAACUGAGGACGGUGGAGCCCCUGCUGACACGUUUCAUCAGAAUAUACCCAGAGAGGGCAACACCUGCUGGCAUGGGCCUUCGACUUGAGCUGCUUGGCUGCGAAAUUGAAGCUCCUACUCUCCCACCCACCACAGUAGCACCGAGCACCACUCCAUCGGACGAGUGUGACGACGACCAGGCGAGCUGCCACAGCGGCACAGGUGAUGACUACGACGUGACAGGUGGUACCCUUAUGCCAGAGACCACUACUGCUGAGGUGGAUACCAUCCCAGCUUUUCUGUGGUUUGCCUGUGACUUUGGCUGGGCAAAUGAUCCGUCGUUCUGCAGCUGGACAUCUGAGGACACCGGCUCCAGGUGGCAGAUCCAGUCCAGUGGUACCCCGACACUCAACACUGGACCAAACAUGGACCACACAGGUGGAUCAGGGAACUUCAUCUACACCCUCGCGACUGGCCCCCAAGAGACGGAGGUGGCUCGCCUGGUCAGCCCCGUGGUCGGCUCCCCAGACUCAGACUUGUGCGUGUCCUUCUGGUACCACAUGUUUGGCUCACACAUCGGCACUCUGCAUAUCAAGCAGCGCAAACAGACAGUCGACGGUCCCGCUGACAUCCUGCUGUGGACUGUAAGUGGUCACCAAGGAAACCGCUGGAGAGAGGGUCGUGUCCUUGUGCCGCGUACCAACAAACCCUAUCAGGUGGUGAUCGAAGGUCUGGUGGAUGGAAAGAGCUGGGGAGACAUUGCUGUGGAUGACAUUAAGGUUCUCAAUGGACUCAGCAUGGCAGACUGUAAAGACCCUGAUGUGCCCACAGAGCCGAUGCUACCAGAGGAUCGCAUCAAUGAAAUCCUUGAGGACAUCACUGAGUAUCCAGACUUCGUGGAGACCAACCAGAUCAGCGGAGCAGGCAACAUGCUGAAGACGCUCGACCCCAUCCUCAUCACCAUCAUCGCCAUGUCGGCCCUCGGGGUCUUCCUCGGGGCCAUCUGUGGCGUGGUCUUGUACUGCGCCUGCUCACACGGCGGCAUGUCGGACAGGAACUUGUCGGCCCUUGAGAACUAUAACUUUGAACUGGUGGAUGGGGUUAAGUUAAAGAAGGACAAACUCAAUGUACAGAGCUCAUACUCAGAGGCGUGAGCGGAGGACUGAGAGCAUCGUGUGACUGUGUGACGUGCAGAGCUCGCAGAGCGUGCACCAGACUGGCUGUAGGCACAUCCUCCUCAGCGAGUGGGCAGGCUCAAAGGACUGCCAACCACCCUCAACUCACAGGAUGAGGGACAGGUUCAGGAACCAAUGGGAGGUUUGGACUGACCCAUGCUUUUCUCAGGAGCUGCAGUAAAAAGAACCUACCAGUAGGGGACACUGUGUACAAAUAAACUACAGGAAAAAAAAAUAUGUACAGAUGAUUCAGAUGAUAUUUUAAUUUUCUAUUUUGAUUUUCAUUCAUUUUUACAAUCGGAUGCUGGUGUUGAGACCAAUUUAUUAAUGAUGUUUAAAGUAUUUAUCAUUUCUGGGAAAGAAAUCUCCUUUUUUUUAAUUACUAUAAUCAGUUCAUGAAGGUUGUUUAUUUUCAACGUUAGAAGGAGACGUAUCAAAAUCUUAAAUGAACCAUAUCCGGCAAAACUGUAGAUUUGCCCCCAUGGUGUGGCAUACAGGGUGUGCCCAUAACCCAUGUACCCUUUCCCCUUUGACCUCUGUCAUUCUAAAGUGAGGGUCCCAUUCAUGGCAAUGUAUGGUUCUGACAGUGCCUUUAGUACAUUUCUGUUCUGAUCCGGGUGUUUUUUACUGUACAUGGCUUAAGUAAUGACAGGAAACAGGGGCACAUUAUCUUAUAAAUAUAUCUGCAAAUCAGGAUUAACAAUCUACCAGAGCGCUUUGUUUUGUUUGUUGUUGUUGUUUUUCUGUCCAAAAAAAACCACACACUGUAAAUAAGUUUUAAUAUAUUUUAUUGCCCUUUUUAAAGAAAGUAAAAAGGAAAAAAGCUGCAGUAUCCCUUUUUUUCAUGGGUUUGUGUGUGUGUGUGUAAAUACAAUCUCCUGACUGUUUUCCUUGGAAGGUGCAGUGUUACGCUUUUUCAUUUUUUACAUUUCUUGCUAAGACAAGUAAGCUUUUUGUAAGAACUACAGCGACUUUCAAUGUGCAUUCAAGCCACCUGUCAUGCAAACACCAACUUCACAAAAAACCCUCAAAUGAUUCUGAAGGUCACACACACGCAAAAAAAUAAAAAAAACAGAUGACAUGACGAUCUCUUGGAGAUCUCCUUCAACACAUUUCUCACUUCUUCAUCUGCUGUGCAUUCACCUGAUUAUUGUCAUAUAGCUUCAAACACGCUCAUGUCAAAGGCAGAGGAGGUAGUAACACACAGAAAAAUGUCUGCCAGCAUACCAAAAAAAAAAAGAACAAUCACCACUGCUUUGCUUUAGCUCGGCUAGCUCGUCACCUCCUCACAACACUGUGGAUUGUUCACCGCAGAAGUGCUCUCUGGACAAUGCAGCUUGAAUGCACUUUGUUACCGAUCCCCUCAUUAAAGAGACGAGGGUUAGACACUCUAACUGAAGAAUGGUGCUAUCAUUUCUUUAACCAGACACAUUUGUCUCUUUAAAAAAAGAAAACAGAAAGCCCAGUUUGUAUUGUUCACAUGCUGUAUUGUAGCUUAAGGCCUCAUGGAGGCCUGCAAAGAGUUUUUACGUGUUUCACGUGUAGCAGCCAUAACGUUGUGAUGUCAGAGCUGAUGUCAUUCGGACGGGACACUGGUACAGCGAGGGAUUUUGAGGGGCGUCACCUGAAUCAGGUCACCUGGCCUCCCCUCCGCGGCGGCUUUACCAAAGGAUGGUCGCCCCCUACUGGUUCACUGGGGGUUCUCACCAACACUCAAAAACAUGAAAAUGACAGUUUACCCAUGAUCCUUCACUCAGAAAAGAACUGAAUACGCUUCUCCCCAAAGAGGGAGGGGACGAUAGGAUGCUUUUAGAGAGGAGUAAUGUGUGUCACAGUGUGUGUUUUUUUAAUCUCUUUAUAAGCUUAAAAGAAGUGCAGAUGUCACGUCAGUGUGAACUCUUCAAAUCCCUGUUGAGACUGUUUGCAGGAGGAUGAAUCGGACAAUCCCGCAGUCAACUCUUCACUACAAAGGGAAGGAACUCUGUGUGAACUCCAUGUGAGACUGACAGUAUCAGGACACAAGAACUCAGAACUCACAGGACAGGAUCUCAGAGGUUUUCCCCCCACUCCACAAUCAAACAAAUCAAAAAAACUGGAUCCUGGGAAAGGAUGGCGUCGUUUCUUAACAUCUGUGUUGCUUUGUUAUGUCGUGCCGUGGUGAACACAUCCUCAGCUUUGUUCGUUUCAGAUUCGACCUCCCGCUCCCCCCCCCCCCCUCGACCUCUGCGGCACACCGUCCGCUGUAUAGAGGACUGUAGCUCCAGCGACGUCUGCUAACACUUAGAGAGAAAAAGGAUACUGUAGCGUGGACUCAAGAGAAACAAUGUUGCACUGAUAAAUAUAUUUAAGAGGUUUAUGUGUUUAUAGCGUUCAUUUGCAAAAAAAAAACAGAAGAAAGUCAAAAACACAAAAAACAAGUGUUCAUUUCUUUCAUCUUUUUUUUUAUAUCUAUAUAUAUAGUUUCAGAUUAUGUGAUAUAAUUCUGAAAUGUAAAAUACUGAGAUGUUUUCAUUAUUGAAAAAUGCAAAUAGAUUUUCCAACAGUAACUCCCCCCCACACACACACACAUUUACAUGGCAUACUGACGUUUCUUUUUGUACUGUCACUCCAAUUUUGUGCAGAUUUCGUUCUGUUUUUUUUUUUCUUUUUUUUU